UAUGGAUCGAGACGCAAUGUGGCCACUUGUGCGGGUUAUUCUGCUCCAAAUGUUGUUGAUUCAGGGUGUGCGGGGGGCAUGCAAUCGGAUACCACAAGGAGCCAGCGGAGAACGGUCUGCUGUGGAUGAAAACUUUCGCCUUUUGAUCGACGGAAAUCCAGAGACCUAUGUACCCGAGCAUCAGUACAACGUGUCGCUCUCCUGCCCCAUUAACUUAAAGUUUGUGAGCUUCACGCUGGUGAUCGAGAGCGAGGAUCAGGCGGCGGCCUUCAAUGGACUGGACAUGACCGGCCACUUUGAGCUUCUGGGCUCACCCGACACCAGAUUCAGCGUCGGCUGUGAGAACUUGGUCGAGAGCACCAACACGAAUGCCAAGACCCAUAUCGAAGUCUCCUGGGUGGCCCCAAAGUCGCCCGAAAGCGGCUGUGUCCUCAUCAAGGCGGGAGUGGUGCAGCAGCGCGAUGUUUGGUUCAUUGACGAGGGGUUCCUCACCAAACGCAUCUGCCCCGAGGAAAUUGACGAGCUGAACAGCCUGACGCCGCCACUCCAGAACUGUUGUGCCUGCGAUGAGGCCAAGUACGAGAUCGUCCUGGAGCGCAAGUGGACCAGGAAUACCCAUUCCAAGGACUUCCCGGUCGAGGCGUGGCGCACGCGUUUGGGCGAGCUGAUUGGCGCCUCGCACAGCUAUGACUACCGCUACUGGGCGUAUGGGGGACGAGCCAGUCUGGGCAUGCGCGAGAUGGCCGAGCAUGGCGCUACCCGUACCCUGGAGCAGGAGAUCCGAGACAACACACAAAAUGGCGCAGUGCGCACCAUCGUCAAGGCCCCUGGCAUACCCCAUCGCUUGAAUGCCUUCGGCUCGACGCUGGCCAAUGCUCGUGUGGAUUCGGCACAUCAUCAGAUCUCGCUGGCUGCCAAAAUCGAUCCCUCGCCCGACUGGAUACUGGGUGUGGCUGGGCUGGAGCUGUGCCUCAGCAACUGCACGUGGCUGCAGCGAAAGGUACUGAAUUUGUACCCCUGGGACAUUGGCACCGAUUCAGGACCCUCUUAUAUGUCACCCGACCAGCCGCAGGUUCCACCAGAUGUUAUACGACGGAUAACUUCUUCGUAUCCCAGCGAUUAUCGUUCGCCCUUCUUCGAUGAUACCGGCGCCUCGAUGAAGCCAUUGGCCACGCUCCACUUGACCAGGAAGAAGCUCUACAUCCGCGAGUGCGAGGAGGUAUCGCAGAGUGGACGAGGACCUCUGGAAUGCGCUGUACAUCCUUGGAACGAUUGGAGCAACUGCAGCACCCGCUGUGGCCAGGGCUACACCCAGCGCAUGCGCAGCUACAAGAAUCCCAAUCUGGCGGCCAAUUACAACUGCGCUAUUAAACUGGAGGAGAUUCGCCAGUGCCAGGGCACUCAGUGCGGCCCGGGGGAGGAAGAGUAUGCCAUUGGCAGCCCCGGCGAGGAUGUGGGUUUGGGUGUGGCUAUGGGUGGGGAGACGGCAACAGGUACUGGCUCCAUGGCCGAGUGUCAGCUGAGCAGCUGGAGUGAGUGGUCGCCGUGCUCAAAAACCUGUGGCCGCGGCGUCUCCACACGGACACGCGACUAUACCAAUCCCCAGGCGAGGCAGCGAUGUCUGACGGUCAUGCGGCUUCCCAUGGAGGAGACCAGACAGUGUCUGGGAUCGGACUGUGGCGGCACCAUACCUGACAACGGGGAGCUCGAUGGUUUGCCGGAGCCAGAGCUGUUCGGCGAACCCAAUCAGACGCCCAGCUGGAGCACAAAUAGUUACAAUAACAGAAUGGACAAUCCCUAUGGGGGCGGAUCAGCAAAUCAGGGCUGGAACAGAAAGAGUUUCAGCACCGCUGAGAAUGAGAAUGCCUUUGACAGAUCACCGUACGGCUCUGUGGAUAGAUCGCAGGACACCAAUGCGCCCUUUGGCCAGACAGACAGCCAGCAACGUUCACCGUUUGAUUCAAUCGACAAUCGACGGGGACAGCCUCUCGAUUCGGAGCAUGAGCGUCCCAGCUAUAACAUCUACGGCAGUGAGAAGAUGGUGGGUAACCCGCGACCCGGAAACAGCUACAAUGAUUACAGUCCGGGCUAUAACAGCAAGGAUUACAGCACUCCGAACCUGAGGACGGGCUUGGGCUUCACCACUAGAUCCCCGUACGCAGGACGCUUUCCCAGUCGCCAGCAGGAGAUGGCUGAGCCGGGCAGCAACUACAAUGUGGUCCAGGACUACUGCUUCGAGAAGCCCAUUGCCUCCACUCGUCCCUGCCUGGCCAAUCCGGUGAUUGUGAGCAACUACUGGUUCUACGAUCACGAUGACCACGAGUGCAAGAUCUUCACCACGGACAACUGCGAUGAGAACAAGAAUCGCUUCCGUUCGCUGAUGGCCUGCGAGGGCACAUGCCUGCAGCCCCAGAUGAACGUGGAGCGCAGCGACAAUGAAGCCAUGGAUCUAUAUGGCCAGACCGGCGGAGCUUAUGGCGACGCAGUGGGUGAUAUAGCUGAACCGAUGUCCCACACAAGGAACACAUAUACAGGCACAUUCAGACCGGGGCGUUACGGCAGCUGAAUAUAUCCCCAUCCUAAUAAAGAUAAACUACGAUUGAGUCCAGGGUAUUUUGUGCUUCCACAGUUGAAAGAGAAUACUUUUUAGCUGGGUUUCGGUUUCCCUGUU